AGAAUUCUUUUUAAACAUCAGGAGAAAUAAUUCCGUGAGCCUGAGGACGCUCCGUUCAAAGAUGAGAACGCCAUGAAUCGUAGCGUUCGACGUGUUUUGCUGCGUUUAUUCCUACUGGCCUUACCGUUGGUCGUGCUGACGCUCUUUGCGACGUCGUUGCUAUCCAGCAGCAGCAAUGCCGAUUCGGUUCACAAUACCGCUGCUUUGACUUUUGCAUCCGUCGAAGUUCAGCCGUGCGGGACCCAGCCUGCAGCACCGCCUCACGAGGAAUUACAACGACAACUUCAACAGCUGAAGCAAGUCAUCAGUCAACUUGAAGAUCGACUUCGACUACAAGAUGGAAUUGCGGCUGCUGCGACUGUGGGUAUCGGUGUCGUCAGUGACGACAAUCUCCCGUGCUCAUCCAGCUACAUCCAAAAGCAGAUUGAGCAGUCGGAGAUAGAAAAAGGUAAAAAGUGGCACAACGAAUACGAAAUUAUUCCGCAUUCGCUGUUUACGCUACAAGCCUUCUACUCGACGGAAGCCGGAAUGGGCAGGAGAGUGGUGGAACGACCCAUCGGGUCCCGCCGACAAGAUUUACAAGAAGCUGUCAGUUCGGCUCUGUCGGUUUUGAAUAAUAACAACAACAACAACAAGCGUCGUUACGUUGCCUCCGAUUUCGUCGAAGGACUUUAUCGGCUCGACCCGAUUGAGGGGACCCAGUACGAGUUGUGGUUCCAGCAACAGCAAACAGCUCAUCCCACCGACAAUCAUUCCAUCAGACGAUCCAAUUUGGUUAGAGUCUCUUUAUUGAGGCCUCACGCUCCAUUGGUGGCCGUCCGUCUUGAACAUCAGCAGCCACUUGAAUUGCAAUUGCCCAUCGUCAACAUCAUCGUCCCACUGUCGGGCCGUUUGUCGGCUUUCGAGUCCUUCCUGACUCGUUUCCAGAAAAAUGUCCUCACGGCCGGACAAGGCCGAGUCCACUUGACUGUCGUCUUUUUCGGCGACGAGCAUUGGGAUGAAAUCCAGCGAGAAAUGCUGACAUUCGAAAAAAACAAUGGAUUUUCCAAUUUUCAUCUUUUGAACAUCAACACGACAUUUUCCAGAGCCCGCGGAUUACAAGUUGGCGUGGAACAUUGGGAAAGUUCGCCGAUUGAAGAGGAUGUCUUGGUUUUCCUAUGCGAUGUCGAUGUGGCAUUUGAUUCGGCUUUUAUCGAGCGAUGCCGACGAAAUGCCCAACCCAAACGUCAAGCCUAUUUUCCGAUCGUUUUCAGUCAAUACAAUCCCAAUGUCACCAGACGAUACACUCACCAUCGAGAGGAUUCGCCAGUCGUUCCGGCAUUGCACAAAGAUUACGGAUUUUGGAGAGACUUUGGUUUUGGCAUGGUGUGCACCUACCGGUCAGAUUUUCUGAAUUUAGGAGGUUUCCACGGUGGCGACGAAACGACCGGGUGGGGUGGGGAGGAUUUAUUUCUUUACCGCAAAUACAUUCGAUCCACCUUGCGUGUGAUUCGUGCUCCGGAUAAAAAUAUUUUUCAUUUAUGGCAUCCUAAAAAGUGCCCGACCACAUUGGGGCCGGUCCAGCGACGGGCUUGUCUCCAAUCGAGAGGGAGGAAUGAAGCUUCUUACGAUCAGUUGGCGCUAUUAUUGUUUUCCGUCGACGGACAAUCACAUCAUCACCUAUCCGAACCAGAGAUUUAACAAAAAGAAAUUCACAUAAAUAAUGCUCAUUUUUUUAAAUGUAUACUCGUUGGUAUGACUCAUAAUAAGUCGCGUAAUUAAACGUAUUUCAUUAAACUGUUUUAUCAUC